AUGGCGGGCACUACGGCAGCGGGCUGGAGGCGCCCACAGCGGGUGAGCAUGCAGGAGCACAUGGCCAUCGAUGUGAACCCGGGACCCAUCCAGCCCAUCCCCCUCAUUUCUGACUACCUCCCGCAUUUCUACCCCUUUACUGAGCCUGCCCGGGGUGUCCCAGACCCACACCCUGCAGUGUCUCCCACCAGCUCUGCACCCCAGCCGCAGCCAGACCCAGAGCCAGAGGGAGACUCAGACGACAGCGCUACCCUGGGCACACUCGAGUUCACACUUCUUUUUGAUGCGGACAACAGCACCUUGCACUGCACGGCUCACCGUGCCAAGGGCCUUAAGCCACCAGCCUCAGGCUCCCUAGACACCUAUGUUAAAGCCAAUCUGCUGCCAGGGGCCAGCAAGACCAGCCAGCUGAGGACAUGCACAGUUCGGGGCACAAGGGGGCCUGUCUGGGAAGAGAUGCUCACUUAUCACGGCUUCACCCACCAGGACGCUAGGCGCAAGACCCUGCGGUUGUGUGUGUGUGAGGACCCACGGCUGCGGCCACAGCGGCGGCGAGUGCCUCCUCUGGGGGAGCUGCGGGUGCCCCUGAGGAAGAUGGUGCCCAACCGAGCCAGGAGCUUCAGUGUGUGUCUGGAGAAGCGGAGGCUGACCAAUGGGCCGGAGCGCCUGGACUCAUCCUGGGGCAUGUCCCUGUAUGAAGUGCGUGGGACAGUGGAACUGAGCAGGAUGUGA